AUGGUCACACUGCCGCAGGCCACAUUUGAAUGCGACAAUCUGUUGUCUGCCGUAAACGAUCCCGCUGUUGUCACUGAAUUAAUAAAUGCUGAGCUAAUGAAAGGUUAUAUGAUUGGCCCCUUGUUAGUUUCUCCAUUCAGGUCUUGGAGGGUCAGUCCGGUAGGGGUGGUAACAGGCAAGUUCAAUGGGAAAAAGAGACUGAUAUUUGACUUGUCGGCUCCUCAUGGGUCACUUAUUCCCAGUAUCAACUCGCUCAUUCCAUCCGAGGAGUUUAGCAUGCAUUAUUCUUCCAUAGACCAGGCUAUUCAGGUCAUCUUGGCGCUCGGCCCAGGGACUUGGAUGGCGAAGGCGGAUAUCACUGACGCCUUCAAGUUGCUGCCAUUGCACAGGGACCAGUGGCAAUGGUUUGGGCUCAAAUGGCAAGGGGCAUAUUACUUUGCUUCCAAGUUGACUUUCGGAUGCAAGAGCAGCCCGUGGCUGUUUGACCAACUGGCCCAGGCAUUGCACUGGCUGCUGGUUAAUGUCUCUGGAUGCAGCCAGGUCAUCCAUUACUUGGAUGACUUUCUUCUGCUCAGUCGCCCGAGGGAAGAGCCGGACCAGUUGGUCAGAUUGCUGAAACUGUUCACUGAUAUUGGGGUGCCAGUGUCUCCCAAGAAAACGGUCGGUCCAACUAAGUGUCUCACCUUUCUGGGAGUAAUCCUAGAUUCAGUCGCAAUGCAAGUCAGCUUGCCCACUGACAAACUCAACCGUAUCAGAGACACUAUCCACAAGUACACGGUCUCCCAGGUCACGACCAAGGGCGAGUUGCAGAGCUUGCUGGGAAUGCUGGCAUUUGCUAUGCGAGCAAUCCCGCAGGGCAGAGCGUUUGUAUCCAGAAUAUUGUCUUUGCUGCAUGGUGUCCCUCAUCAACACAGUAGGGUUUGGUUAGAUUGCCAAGCCCUGGCUGACCUGAACAGUUAA